AUGGAAGCGUAUAAAUCGGUAAAGAAGAUUGUGGAGACAUCGUCUGUGGCACACAAAAGGCGUAUGGGCAAGAAUUUUUCGAAUGUGGCUAACAGGAUUGGAAAUGAUGUGAUAUGGAGUAAAGAUCUUGAACCACAUGCCUUUGGAGAAUACUCUUUUGCUGCUGUCCAAGCCAAUACGCGUAUGGAGGAUUAUAGCCAGGUUGAUGUAGGUCGAAGGGCUACGUUCGUUGGUGUUUAUGAUGGACAUAGUGGUGAUGCAGCUGCAAACCACGUUCGUGAUACUCUUCUCGGUCAUUUUGUUCGUCGCAUUCAAGCACAGAGAUCUGUAUCUGAGCGGAUACUUAAGGGUGCUAUUUCUGACACUGAAGAUGCAUGGAUUGACUUGGCGCGAGACGCACGUGCGCAGAGACCUGAUGUAACUAGAGUUGGUUCGUGUUGUCUGGUUGGGCUUAUAUGGAAUGGGAUGUUGUAUGUUGGUAAUCUGGGUGAUUCUAGAGCAGUUAUAGGGAGGCUGACAGGUAAUGGUAACAAAGUUAUUGCUGAUCAGAUCACCGAAGAUCAUAAUGCCAACUUGGAUGAGGUCAGAGAAGAACUCAAGAAACAGAACAAAGAUGACCCAGAAAUUGUUGUUAAAGUAAAUGGAGUGUGGCGGGUUAAAGGGCUAAUUCAGAUUUCCAGAAGUAUAGGAGACCUUCACUUGAAGAUGCAAGAAUUUGUUAAUGCUAACCAACCAAUGCAUAUGAUACGACCCGCUUUGAGUGAUGAACCAUUCUUAACGACAAGAAUUUUAGGACGUGAUACGAGGUUUGUCGUGUUUGCCUCAGAUGGACUAUGGGAAAACAUGACUAGUCAAGAGGCAGUUGACAUUGUUAACAAACAUCCCAGAGCAGGGAUUGCAAAAACACUGGUUGCAGUAGCAAUGAGAGAAGCAGCUAUCCAGAAAGGUCUGAAGUAUGAUAACCUGCCAAAUAGGUAUCAGCAGCCUGGAGACAGACGUCUUAUUCAUGAUGAUAUCACCGUGGCUGUGCUUUUCCUUGACAAUGGGAGACCAAGAGCUGACCUGGAGCAAGAAGUUUCAGUAAAAGCGAUGGCGAAUGAGAGCACACCAUCCGAGCUCAGGAUGUUGGGAGGGGAAAUUCGAAGCGGGUGAUCAGA